UGUCAUGAAUGACUCUUCUUCAAACCUGCCUGUUAGCAAUAUCUGGAAGCUAAACGACGAGGAAACAAAGGGUAUCGCCGGCGUUGCAUUACCUCACAUUGGUGUGAUAGGGAGUAGGAAAAGCAGCCACGAGGCGUUGCGUCGCCGACCUAAUUCGCCUUGAUUUCACCAUGUAUAUACAUUAAGCAUAGGGAAGGAUACCGACAAGCAAGGCCAUGUGCGGACACUACAGGUCUCCAUGGAUGGACAUGCGGACAGCGUCCUGGGUAUUGUAUGGAGAAUACGGUUAGAGUGGUUUUUUCUGGUAUUUUUAUUUGUUCUUUCCCUAGUGCUGGCUCAUAUGAUGGACUGCUUGCUUUGACGCAAGACGUCCUCGCGCAUUUUUCUGCUUCAUCUUUGCACUUUCAAGUUGGAUCUCGCAAUCGCACCAGCAUAUUCUGCAUAUUGUUUAUCUUGGUCAUUUAUUUUAUCUUGGAGUUCUUACGCCUCCUUAUGUACUACUGCAUAGUCUAAUUGUGUUCGUAAAAGUUUGCAAUAGUAUCGACGUGUUCACCAGUUA